UGUGUCCAUAGUCUUCAUGCUGUUGCAAAAUGUUGUGAUUUGGAAAGCAAUAUCUGCAUGGAAUUUGAUUAAUUUGAAUGACUUAGAAUUAAAGAACAGAUAAAUAGAGAAUUGAGUCUAUGGUUUGUAGAAGCAAAAGCCUCCAUUUCUUCGUGUUGCCAAUGUUAAUAGAACAAAUAUGUGUCUUAGUCCUGCAAAAUUGAGCGUUCACAGAAAGAGUUGGUAUUAUGCAUUUUAAAAAGUAAAUAGAUGCUGCUUAGUGGUUGCUUUUCCAUCCUACAUUACUAAGGUGCAAAAUUUCAAUCUCACCAAUGGUCUUCUCCUCUUUAUCUUCCUCUCCUUUGCUAUUUAACGAAGAUUACUUUCCUUGAAAUAGCGUUUAGGAUAAAUAUGAUAUUAAGGAAACAUACAUGGAAAGAAGUAGGGAAGUAGCACAGAGUGUUACAUGUUUUGUUCUUUGGAUAUGAUGAGUGCUUCGCUCUUCGCAUGUUUUUUCCAGAAGAGUUGCCAAGAAAAUUUAUUGCAUUGACCAUACAGAGGAUAUCCAAAGUGUCUUAAACUUAGAUUGUACAAAUGAUGAAUUUGAGCUAGCGGUACAGUAGAUACGUGCUAAUUUAUUUAGUCAAGUAUUGCUGAUUGUAUUAUCUGUUCUUUAAGGUUUCUAAUUCUUUUCGUACUGUAAGAUUGAUUUUUCCCUUUUAUUGUAUCUCCAGAGGGAAAUAAUGCUUGCCAACAAGUAUCUAAUCAAGGAUGGAGCUUAACUGGAGUUGGCAUUGCUGCCCCUGCCAUUGACUAUCAAUUUUCAAGUUCCAGCUUACGAGUAUCAAAUCAAAAGAAACUAUUUUCAAAAAACUUCAUCCUGUCCUCAACAGGAUGUUUUGCCUAAAGCCCUAAAGUGGCCUGCCAGCUCAAGCUUUUGAGCGCACAUUUUCUGCCCAUUUGUUCAGAAAAUGAGGCAAUGCAUGGAAGUUUCUAAAGAACCUGGUAUUCAUAUGGAUCAACUUUAGGAAUGAAGUGUUUUGCAUGUAAUGUCUAUUUCUCCACGUCAAUGUCUCGUGUGUUUGCUUCUCCUCCUACUUAUUCCAAGGGGUACCAUGCAUCAGACAAAUAUAAAAGAAAAUCGUACUAUGAUAAAGGUUUCAACGACGACCGGAUUGUGGCAGACGCAGAGGAUAGGAUUGCCAAGAUGACCGAGAAAUCUAAAAUAAGUAUGGAAGAAUUCAUGGUAAAAACUAUUAAGAAAACCGAAGAAGAAAUCAGAGACUACUACUGCAGAUAAAGUACAAAAGAAAGCCCAUGUUGUGAAGACAGUGACUAAAGACACGAUGGACUCUAUAGAGGUUAGGAUCAUGGACUCAUGGAAUUCUCAAAAGAUGCUUGACAAGUGCAUCUAUGAUUACUUUGUUAAGAAGGGGAUGUGCGAGACUGCCGAGGCAUUCGCGAGGGAAGUUGAUGUUGGAAAUCCCACAGGUGAUGGUAGCAAGUGCAUAAAUGAUAACUUUGUUAAGAAGGGGAUGCAUGAGAUUGCCGAGGCAUUCACGAGCAAUGCUGAUAUUAAGAAUCCCACAAAUGAUGCUAUCGAAUCUCCAGAGGUAUUUCUAACAGAGUGGUGGGAUGUGUUCCAUGAUGUGUUCAACUUGAAUCAGGCUGCCCAACAUCCCUAUGCUGAGGCUGCACGUACUAUGGACAAUGUGGUACCUCAAGUCCCUUAUGCUGUGCCAGCAUCAUCUUCUCAUUCUGCUACGCCAGCACAUAAUAUAUCUCCUGCGGUGCCGGCCUUUAGUCCUGAGAGAUCGCAAGAGCAACGCCAUCUGAGGACGCCUGAGGACGAAGUGACAUCUAAGUUAAGAUUUGUUGAGAUGGAUCGUCUGGGUCAGAGGGCGCCGUUUGUAACUGAUUCUAGUUGCCUGAUGGAGGAGAUUCCAAAUAUGCCUCAACAGUGGGAGGCCAAAAAUGAGGGAGAGGGACGGGGUACUAUGCAGAUGGAACCAAAUGCUGAUACCCCUAAAAAAGGCUCUUCUUCCAGUGCCAGAUCCUUCUGAAGCAGGCUGUUCCACCGGCUCCUGCUCUGGGAUGCAGCAAACACCCUAAUCAAAUCAAGAUCUCUUGAUUUCCUGAUCUUCCUCUUGGCAUGGAAUUAAGAAGAAUGGUGGAAUAUAUUCAUUUUUAAUCAGUCCGAGCAUGCCAAGAGACCUAUGAUGAGGUGUUACAUAAGCUUUUAGAAGGAUAAGACGAGUCACAUGGUGCCAUCCACAACAAGAUCUAGAUAACAUGUGUCAAGAACUUCCGUUUUGGAAAAGUUGCGGAAUCUGCAUGAUAGGAUCGAACCUUAUGCCUUUUAUUUAUAUGAGGUCCCUCUUUAGGAAACUCCCCAAGAUGGCUUAAGCUCGUUGGAUUUGAAGCAGCAGACCUGCAACACGUGGUCCUUCUUCCUUCGUUUUUAAUUCAAAGAUCGGAGAAACAAAUUGGAAUUUAGAUAAUUUUAUUGAUGGAGUGGUAAGAAGCCAAUUGUAUAGGGUUCAAAACCUAUUGGCUAAUGAGAGGGAAGGGGCAAGCCAAUAUAGACUCCUAGAAAAGUAUAAAUCAUUGGACAAGAAGGAACCAUCAUCUAUGGAAGUUGCAAAGGACACAAUCAAUUCAACUCAAGGGAAAAUCCUUCAUAAAAGACUUGCACAUUGAAGAGAAAUAUUUCAGGAUCUCUUCUGUUUUUCUCUUCCGAGGUGAUUGAGCAUCAACUUUAGUGAUACUUGCAACAAAAUUCAAGAGGAACAAAUGGUGAAGCAGUUUGAAAAAAGAAAUCUCCAAAAAAUCAGACCCCUGUGUUGGAGCAGCUGAAGCAUCUGUCUUCAAAUAUAGUAGGUCCAAGAUCAAACAAGCUAUAGCGAGUAAAAUAUUCUAAUUCAAGAGGAACAAAUGGUGAAGCAGUUUGAAAAAAGAAAUCUCCAAAAAAUCAGACCCCUGUGUUGGAGCAGCUGAAGCAUCUGUCUUCAAAUAUGGAUACUAUGUACAAAUCUUAUUCCUAUGCUAGCAAUCUUCUUUUGGAAUGAGAUGGACCGAAUGAAGAGGAUAUACAUGAUUCAUAUAAUCACCCGGAACUAGUUUUGGAUCGAGGUAUCAUUUUGUUUUUGAUACCUGUGGUGCCCCAGCCAGCUUGCUCGCACCUCGGCUAAUUUCAUGGGGUACCUGCUACCUCCCACCAGUACAAAUACCGGGUUUCUGAGAAGAAGUUUGAAGAAAGAGGGCUCUCAAUUAUACAAGCUAGAUAGUGAUUUAUUCUGUCAAGGGAUUAGUUGAUGUUGUUGACAAAGUGUUGCCUGAAGCUCAGCAUAGGUAUUGUGUGAGACAUAUUAAGAGUAACUGGUGCGAAAAAUGGAGAGGUCAAAUGAGGAAGCUUAUGUGGUAGAGUGCAUGGAGUUCAUAUGAUGAAGAGUUAAAAGACCAGUUGAAUAAGUUAGGAAAUUUAUCAAAAGAUGCUGCAAGGGAUUUUGUGAAAUAUCCACCAAAGGCAUGGUGUAGAGCUUAUUUUGAUACUCAGUGUAAGAACAUGAUGGUUGAUAAAAACUUCACUGAGUCAUUCAAUGCAUGGAUCCUUGAGGCUAAGAGGAAGGCCAAUAAUCAAGAUGUUAGAAGACAUAAGAGUAAAAGUGAUGGGAUUGCUAAGGAAAAAUGAAAAUAAGGUGAGGACUUGGGUUGCUGAUUUUAGUCCAACUUGCAUAAAGUUGUACAUUGACUUUAGGGCCAUAGCACAUCACUGUAAGGUGGAAUUCAAUGGAGAUUGGGGCUACGAAGUGUCUGAUGAAGAAGAUAGACACCACAGAGUUCAGGGUUCAAGGUUCAGGGAAAAAAUGUAAAAGACAACAGAAAAAUUAACAAGACAUGUAAAAGCAUUAAUCAAAAUGUAUUCAUUCACUCCUAA